AUGGCAAAAGCAGCAAUUACGCAAUUGCUGUCUUCUACUGCUAAUGCUACUACUAGUAGCAGUAAUAGAAGUAGAAGUAGUAAUAGUAAUAACAGUAGUAAUAGUGGUAGCAGUAAUAGUAGUAGGAGUAGUAAUAGUGGUAGUACUAGUAGCAGUAGUAGUAGUAGUGACAGUAAUAGUGGUAGCAGUAAGAAUAGUAGUAGUGCUAGCAGCAGUAAUAGUAGUAGCAGUAUUAACAGUAGUGUUAAUAGUAAUAGUAGUAGUACUAGUAGCAGUAAUAGUAGUAGCAGUAUUAACAGUAGUAUUAAUAGUAGUAAUAGUAGUAGUACUAGUAGCAGUAGUAUUACUAGAAGCAGUACUACUAGUAGUACUAGUAGUACUAGUAGCAGUAGAAGUAGUAAUAGUAAUAACAGUAGUAAUAGUGGUAGCAGUAAUAGUAGUAGGAGUAGUAAUAGUGGUAGUACUAGUAGCAGUAGUAGAAGUAGUGACAGUAAUAGUGGUAGCAGUAAGAAUAGUAGUAGUGCUAGCAGCAGUAAUAGUAGUAGCAGUAUUAACAGUAGUAUUAAUAGUAAUAGUAGUAGUACUAGUAGCAGUAAUAGUAGUAGCAGUAUUAACAGUAGUAUUAAUAGUAGUAAUAGUAGUAGUACUAGUAGCAGUAAUAGUAGUAGCAGUAAAAAAUUAACCGAAAAAAGUCCUCAAGCAACAAGCAAAAUAUUUUGA